GCUGACCAGAAUGCACGGUCAGAAUUUCAUUCUGUUUGUUUGCAAUAAGUUAGCUUGUUUUGUUUCAUUUGUUUUUUUUGGCUGAAAAUUAUUUAUCAAAGAAAAACUAAAUUAAAAUGUCAUAUUAUGCGGUUGCAAAUGGUCGACAACAAGGAAUUUUUAAUACUUGGGUUGAAUGUGAAAAGCAGGUAAAAGGAUUUAGCGGUGCUAGAUAUAAAAAAUUUAAAACUAAAUCCGAAGCCGAACAAUUUAUAAAAAGCCAUAAACCUCCUGUCAUUAUUUCAUCAAAUUCGAAGGCGAAAAUUUUUGCGACGACUUCGACCACAACAACAGCUGAUAGCAGUAAUAAUUUUGUUCGAAUGAUUACAUCUAAGAAGAAUGGAUCACCAUCUAACAAAAUCAAACAGAAUAAUCAAAUAAAACCUGUUGGUAUUUAUGCUAAACAAAAACAUCCCCCAAUUCCAAAAAGUCGAAAAAAUGAUUUCAAUACAAUACGUCGUAAUCAUCUAGGCGAUCCAAUUGUCUAUACUGAUGGUGCAUGUAUGAAUAAUGGUAAACGAAAUGCUAAAGCUGGUAUUGGUGUAUUUUGGGCUAAUGAUCAUCCGGAUAAUAUAUCACGUCGAAUUAGAGGUCGACAAACAAAUAAUCGUGCCGAAAUUGAAGCAGCUAUCGUAGCCAUUCAAACGGCAUUGAAAAAUAAUUGUUUAAAAUUGAAUAUUUAUACGGAUUCAAAAUUUAUGAUAACAGCCAUGACCGAAUGGUUUCCCAAAUGGAAACUUAAUGGUUGGAAAUUGUCUACUGGUGAAACGGUUAAAAAUAAAGAAGAUUUUUGUCGUUUGGAUGAAGAAAUUAGUAAAAUGGAUCGUCUAAUAUGGACAAAAGUACGUGCACAUUCAGGUGAUUAUGGUAAUGAAAUGGCCGAUAAAUUGGCUACAAAUUCUAUUAAAUAAAUUCUAAAUUCUGUGAUUUUUUUCCCAUAAAAAUUCGCUUUUUGUAAAUCAAA